GGCGAGAGAGAGAGAUCAAGGGAGAAAGAAGGGGCGAGCGGGGUAGAAGUAAAUGGGCCAAGCAGCAGUCUCAUUUUUGCUGUGUGAGAUCACGGAGCGGCAGAAUGUGUCGGGAUCUGCUUGACUACUGAAAACAAGACUGAACAACACAGGAGGAGAGACACAGAGAGGAAAAGGGAAGGGAGGACAGAAGGACACAGGAGGGAGGGAAGGAAGGAGGGGUGGAGGAGGAGAUCUGGAAGAGUUUUUGGGAUCUUUUAGGAUCUACGCUUCCCAAAAGGAUCUAGUUGGCAAAGUGUGUCACAGGGGCUGAGCUACAGCCCUGCCCCGGAGUUACCACAGCCGCUUCACUGCAGCAGGGACAAGAUGAACUAUCUGAAUGUGUUGGCCAAGGCGUUGUAUGACAACGUGGCAGAGUCUCCGGACGAGCUGUCCUUUCGCAAGGGUGACAUCAUGACGGUGUUGGAGCGGGACACGCAGGGAUUGGACGGCUGGUGGCUCUGCUCGCUCCAUGGUCGCCAAGGCAUUGUCCCCGGCAACCGUCUCAAGAUCCUGGUCGGCAUGUAUGACAGCAAGCAACAGGCCACGCCUUCCACGCCAGAUCCAGCCACUUCCUGUCCCGCCUCCCUGUUGCAGCGACCCCUCCCCCCUCAAAGCGCUUAUGCCAAACCAACACCUGCUCCAUCAUCUGCUGCCAUCGCUACUUCCACUUCCGGGUUUACCAACAAGCCUCUCCCCUCAACUCAGUACACAUCUAUGCACCCGGCCUACUCCACCCCCAGCCCAGCACAGCCCAAUCCUGACUCUGUCUACAUGAUGCCCCCAUCCCACGGCCCCAAACCAAGUCCCCAAAGUCUGUAUCAGAUCCCCUCUGGCCCAAGUGGACCACCUCCACAGGCCCAGCAAGGACCCCCUAGCAAGGCCCCAGCUCUAGCCCAGAGACAGUACCAGCUGCCUGGGCAGGACAUCUACCAAGUCCCCCCCUCUGUAGGCCCAGUGCCAGGCCAAGGAACAGCCCCAGCCGGGGGGACAGGAGCUGGGCAGGAUGUGUACCAGGUGCCCCCCUCUCUGGAUAAGAGAAACUGGGAGAGCAGCAACAAGCCAUUAGCCAAGGUGUAUGACACCCCUCCCAUGGUGGUGAAGGGGCCCUCCAGUGGUCAAGAUAUAUAUGACACCCCAGCAAGUGCAGACAAGAAUACACAGCAGAUGGUCUAUGACUUCCCUCCGUCUGUCAGUAAAGACGUCCCUGAUGCUCAGCCAAUCAGAGAGGAGACCUAUGAUGUACCGCCCCACUUUGCCAAACUCAAGCCACAAGUCCCUGUCCCUCCUGCCCAGUACCUGCACAACAAUCUCAACGAUGACGAUGAGCCGCCCAUUCCGGAGGACGUGUAUGACGUCCCACCCCCUAUCCUGACCGACAAGCAUUACCACGGAGACAGGGCCGGGGUCAGUCAGGCCACCCAGGAGAUCUAUGACAUCCCGGCGAGCCUGCGGACCGGAGGUCAUCCCGCCCAGGAUGUCUAUGACUUCCCUCGGGAACGGGAAGAGAAAGGAGGAGAAAGGAGAGACCACUAUGUCUAUGAUGUCCCACCACAGGUCGUUCGCGAUGCCCAGUCCACCAGUGAGGAGCUGACCAUGUCCUUCAAGCGGCUGUCUGCCUCGAGCACAGGAAGCACACGGAGCAACCACUCCGCUUCAUCUUUAGACAUGGUCCCUGUCCGCGACACCCCCUCUUCCUCCUCACUUCCUGCUUCUGGCUCCAUUCCAGGGAAGCCCCUCAUCUUGGACCUGGAGCAGGCCAUGGAGCGUCUGUCUCGCUUGCAGCAAGCUGUUGAGUCCAGCGUUUCCCUCAUGAUGUCCUUCAUCACAGGUAACUGGAGAAGCCCCGCUCACCUGGAAGGGAACCUCGCAGCAAUACAUCAAGCUGCUGACCGGGUGCGCGCCACUGUCCGAGACUUCCUAGAAUUUGCCCGGAGCGCUGUGGCGAACGCUGCGCAGGCCACGGACCGCUCUCUGCAAACCAAACUUGGCCGUCAGGUGGGGAAGAUGGAGGAGGUGUUCCAGAGCUUGAUUCGACACAGUCAGAGCUUAGAUGCUGUUUCCUGGUCGCAUUCUGCACUCACGGCACCACCACCAGGAGGGGAUGACUUAGAUCGACUAAUCAUGACAGCGCGAGGCAUCCCCGACGACGCCAAGCAGCUUGCAUCCUUUCUGCACGGUAACGCCUCACUGCUCUUCAAACGGACCAACCGGCAGCAGCAGCAGCUGCCGCUUCCUCCGAUCCCAGGGGAGAUCAGUGGUCACAUGACAGGAUCAGGAAGUGGAAGCUAUCAAGGAGGGGAGAAGGUAAACAUUCAGUCGCGGCCCCUCCCCUCUCCGCCAAAGUUUACAGCUGCAGAGGAAGAGGAAGGUGUGGACAGGCCGUAUGAGACCACAGAGGAAGGCUGGAUGGAGGAUUACGACUACGUACAUUUACAGGGAAAGGAAGAGUUUGAGAAGAACCAAAGACAGCUGCUGGAGAAAGGCAACAUCAUCAGACACAAGACACAACUGGAACAGCAACAGAUUAAACAGUUUGAGCGGCUAGAGCAGGAAGUCAGCCGGCCAAUCAACAAUGACAUGACGGGCUGGGUCCCGUCCCCACACAACCCUCUGGCCAACCAGCUGGCCCAGAACAGUUCUGGGGGCCCCUCCUCCUCCAAACUGUGCCAUGGGGACCGGCAGCUCCUCCUCUUCUACCAGGAGCAAUGUGAGCAGAACGUCACCACUGUGACCAACGCCAUCGACGCCUUCUUCACCUCUGUCAACUCCAACCAGCCCCCUAAGAUCUUCGUGGCGCACAGUAAGUUUGUCAUCCUCAGCGCGCAUAAGUUGGUAUUCAUUGGCGACACACUGUCUCGCCAGGCCAAGUCCCCUGACGUGAGGGCCCGGGUGGCCCAGAGCAGCAACACCCUCUGCGAAAAACUCAAAGACAUCGUGAUCAGUACAAAGACAGCGGCGCUUCAGUAUCCGUCCCCUGGAGCUGCCAGAGAGAUGACUGAGAGGGUGAAAGAGCUGGCAGGGUGCACGCAGCAGUUCAGGAUGGUGUUGGGGCAGCUGCUGGUGAUGUAGGGUGGUCAGGGGGGAGGAAGAAAACAAACCAAACAGUGACACAAACUGAGAAGUCCCAGGAACACAGGGCAGUAAAUCCUCUCUGUAACAAGGGGCAGACGAACCUGUACGCCCUGUAGAGUGCUGCAGGAAACCCUGUGCACCCUUCCAGUGUGAGGUUGGAGGCCCUGCAUGCCUCGACAGGGUGAGGCUUUCCAUUCCCUUGUGCUCCUGAUAUGUAGCAUGGGAAACCCUGUGCAGUGGCCAUGGAUCCUGGGAGUCUAGGACCCUGUCUUGGAAUGGGGAAGCUGACCUCACAUCCAUCCUCUGCUCCCUCCCUACCUCGCCUUUCACCAGGACCAUUCCUCUAUUUCUCUGUGCGCUUUUUAUUCUAGACAAGCUAAAAGGAACAUUUAUCUUCAGUGGGCUGGGCCAAUGGUUGUAAAAUAAUCACUGUAAAUAUUUAAGUUACCUAUUUAGUCAGAAAACCAGAAAAAAGACUUGAGAACUUCCAGUAUAUAAAUAUAAAUAUAUGGUCUUUUUUUUUUUUUUUUGAAGAAGAAAGAAAAUAUGAAAACAUAAGUGUAGUUUUUAGACAAUAUCAAUAAUUGACCCUUCCUAAGUCCUGCCCCUUUUUGCUGUGUUGCGCAAGCAUCGGUCAGAUCCUCAACUUCCUCCUUUCCUGUACUUAGGCUAUGUGCUAGGCUAAUCUAAGUUAAAAACAACCUCAUUUUGAAGAUGAUUAAAAGAUAAAAGUGACUCAUACAGUUUACAUCAAUUGUUAAUUAGCUUGUUAGCUAGUCUUGGUAACAUUAGCUAAUUAAAGAUGUCAAUAUAUAUGAUAAUUAGCUAGCUAGUUACAUCUGAUAGCUAAUGUUCACAAAAAGCUAGCUAUUUAAUUGACAAAUGAAUUGAUGUACAUUAGCUAUCUUUUAUCUUUCAACCAUCUUCAAGAUGUGGUUGUCUUUUCAACAUAGAUUAGCCUAGCAUAUAGCGUAUCUAAGUACAGGAAAGGAGGAAUUUGAUCAAGGUUCUGACUGAGGAUUGCUCAACUGUUAUUGGAGCACAGAACAAAAAGGGGCGGGACUUAGAAAGGUGUCAAUUGUUAUUAUUAUUGCUAUACCGUAUAAUUAUGGCUCUGAUUCUUGAUCCUUGUAUCAUUAUUGUUAUGGAUGUGUAAAUUCCAGAUGAUAUGUAUGACUGUAUGUUGUAGUACUUCUCUGCUCCUCUCCAUCCCUGACAAAGGCACACUUUCCAAAAAACAAAAAACACUGGAGCUCACACCCAUCUUUAAACUUUAAUGACAAACUGACAGUUAUACACGUUGCCAUGUUGCCUCUGUGUCGGAGCGGUGCGUUACGGCCUGUGGCUCAACGCGUUGCCAUGCUGAUUUCAAUCCACCAGUGCAGGCAGCACUGCUGCCAAAAGAUGUCCACCUGACUGAACAGUUAAAGUUAUUAAAGAUGAUCUCAGUGCCAUCUCAGUUGCUUUUUUGGAAAACUAUGCGUAGGUUGUUUUGUAAGAGGCAUGUAUUAGAGAAAAGGAGUGUAAAAGGUUAAAAACUACAAAUGUAAUUAAACCUUCUUUUCCUCUUUUCUCUGACACAGUGUUUUUUUAUGGUGUCUUUUUUUUUCAAUAUUCAUGAUGUGAAAAGUCAGUCUGCACAGGAAUCUGUAUAUCACCCUAAUUUUCUAACCUUGUGCCAAUGAUUAUCUCAACAUAGCGAGAAACCUAAGUCUCAAUGCUAGGAAGCUUUUAGGUUGUUAUUUGAUUUAUAUUGCAAAGAGAAGGAAAA